GCGGUCCAUAUGUGCUCGCACUUCCAUUUCUGUUGCCUCUGCAUGUAUAAGUAGAGCAUGCAUUGCAAGGAACUGCUGACUCGGGAGAGGCACCAGAUCAAUUCAAGGACGUGUAGAGAAAUGGCCGUCGCGGAGGCGGUUGCUGUGGUGCUUCUAGGGCUGGCGGUGUGCGCAUCGGCUGCGGCGGCGGCAGGAGAGGUCACGUACGAUCACCGGGCUUUGGUGCUGAACGGCACCAGGAGGAUGCUCUUCUCCGGAGAGAUACACUAUCCAAGAAGCACACCUCAGAUGUGGCCAAAACUCAUUGCUAAAGCCAAGAAAGGUGGCCUUGAUGUGAUACAGACGUAUGUAUUUUGGAAUGUUCAUGAGCCUGUCCAGGGUCAGUACAACUUCGAGGGAAGAUAUGAUCUUGUGAAAUUCAUCAAAGAAAUUCAUGCUCAAGGGCUCUAUGUAAGCCUUAGGAUAGGUCCCUUCAUAGAAGCGGAAUGGAAAUACGGAGGAUUCCCGUUUUGGCUACAUGAUGUCCCAAACGUUACCUUCCGAAGCGACAACAAACCCUUUAAGAAACAUAUGCAAAGAUUUGUCACAGAUAUAGUAAACAUGAUGAAACAUGAAGGGCUUUACUACCCACAAGGAGGCCCCAUUAUAACUUCUCAGAUUGAGAACGAAUACCAAAUGAUUGAGUCUGCAUUUGGCUCAAGUGGACAAAGUUAUGUCCGUUGGGCAGCUGCAAUGGCUGUGAAUCUCCAGACAGGCGUUCCAUGGACGAUGUGCAAGCAAAAUGAUGCUCCCAAUCCAGCUAUUAAUACCUGCAACGGGCUCAUAUGUGGAGAAACAUUUGUUGGACCAAACACACCUAACAAGCCUGCAUUGUGGACAGAGAAUUGGACAUCUCGCUACCUUGUAUAUGGUAAUGAUACAAAAUUGAGAUCUCCAGAAGAUAUCGCCUUUGCAGUUGCACUUUUUAUAGCAAGGAAGAAUGGAAGCUAUGUGAGCUACUAUAUGUACCAUGGAGGAACAAACUUUGGGAGGUUUGCCUCUUCAUAUGUAACAACAAGCUACUAUGACGGAGCUCCUCUUGAUGAAUAUGGUUUGAUAUGGCAACCAACAUGGGGUCAUCUCAGAGAAUUGCAUGCUGCAGUAAAGCAGUCAUCAGAACCAUUACUAUUUGGAACGUACUCCAAUUUUUCAUUAGAUAAAAAACAAGAGGCACAUGUUUUUGAAACAGAAUCGCAAUGUGUGGCUUUCCUAGUCAACUUUGAUCAGCAUCAGAUGUCGAAGGUGGUAUUUCGUAAUAUAUCUUCGCAACUCGCCCCUAAAUCAAUCAGCAUUCUUUCAGAUUGCCAGAGAGUAGUUUUCGAAACAGCCAAGGUAAAUGCUCAGCGUGGUACAAGAACAGCUGAACAGAUACAGUCUUUCAGUGACAUUAAUACUUGGAAUGCAUUCAACGAACCAAUUCCUCAAGAUGUGUGUAAGGCUAUGUACACUGGAAACCAUCUCUUGGAACAUCUAUCAACCACUAAAGAUGAGACAGACUAUCUCUGGUACAUCGUUCGCUAUGUAUAUACACCAAGUGAUGAUGACCAGCUUGUGCUACUUAAUGUUGAGUCACGAGCACAUAUAUUGCAUGCUUUUGUCAACAAUGAAUAUUUAGGGUCUGUGCAUGGGAGUCAUGAUGAACGUGGCAAUAUAAUUCUGAACACACACAUUUCUCUAAAGGAAGGACCAAACACCAUAUCAUUGCUAAGUGUUAUGGUCGGAUCACCGGACACUGGUGCUCAUAUGGAAAGACGAAUCUUUGGAAUCCGGAAAGUGAGCAUACAACAGGGACAACAGCCAAAACAUCUGCUCAACGAUGAGCCAUGGGGAUACCAAGUUGGCUUAUUUGGGGAAAGGAAUCACAUCUACACACAAGAAGGAUCAUACAGUGUUGAAUGGAAAACUAUCAACAAUUUGACAUAUCAUCCACUUAUUUGGUACAAGACAACAUUUCCCACACCAGCUGGAAAUGACGCAGUGACACUGAACCUUACUGGUAUGGGUAAGGGCGAAGUAUGGAUCAAUGGAGAGAGCAUCGGACGGUAUUGGGUCUCCCUCAAGGCUCCUAGCAGAAAUCCUUCUCAAUCGCUGUAUCACAUACCACGGCAGUUUCUAAAACCUCAAGAGAACGUCCUUGUCCUUUUUGAGGAAAUGGGAGGCAACCCACAGCAGAUAACAGUGAACACAGUGUCCAUCACAAGAGUGUGCGGCAAUGUGAAUGAGCUCUCUGCUCCGUCCCUCAAGUCGCAGGAAAAGGAACCAACGGUAGAUCUCUGGUGCCAGGAAGGCAAAUAUAUCUCGACAAUUGAGUUUGCAAGCUACGGGAAUCCCGUGGGGGACUGCACGAGUUUUGGCUUUGGAAACUGUCAUGCUGGAUCAUCAGAAUCCGUUGUAAAGCAGGCUUGCUUGGGUAAGACUGAGUGUUCUAUUCCCGUAACACCUUCCAAAUUUGGAUGCGACCCGUGCCCUGGAAUCCAAAAAUCCCUCUUAGUUGUGGCGAGUUGCAGAUGAUACAACACAGGAAAGAACUUAUUUGAAUGGCAAAGCCAGCAGAAAUGAAACAGAUAUCGAAACAAACAACAAGUAUUCUUCGGCAAUCAGUUAACAAAUUGAGGCGUCGUUCAUAGAUUACAAGUACCCAUUGCUUUGACCUGAAUAGAUUCGGACAUGUGUAAAACUCACCCGAAAGACAAUGAAUCAUUAUUUUUGUUGCUUUGUGGUGCGUUGGCCAUCGGCUAUGAUUCUUAAUAAUAAAUGGCUACGUGCAUCUUGUGAUGCGA